AUGACGCGGGUGGACGACAAGCUCCGACGCGCACUAGCUCGCCGUAGCGCUAUUGGCACACUACGUACACUGCCAAUAUUGGAUGAUGGAGCGCAAUCCAUUGUCGACUUCUACUCAAAUGACUAUCUUGGUUUCGCGCGGUCGCAACAACUGAAAGAAUUGAUAGAAGCUCGCCAAAUAGAAUUGCACAGUCAAAACUCAGGAAUGUUGGGUGCAACUGGUUCUCGACUUAUUUCAGGCAAUUCGCCGUUAUUCAUGGAGACUGAAAAGAAAUUGGCCAAAUUUUACAAUAGUGAAGCAACGUUGUUAUUUAAUUCGGGCUACGCUGCCAAUGAAGGCGUCAUGUCUUGUUUGCCACAGGCAGAAGAUGUGAUUAUUUAUGAUGAGCUCGUGCAUAAUUCAUGUCACGAAGGUAUUCGACUUAGCCGUGCGUACGCUAAUGACCGCUCCUUUGCGUUUCGACAUAAUGACCUCGAGGAUCUUGAGCGCAAAUUGCUUAAUUAUUCAUCUUCAAACGGAAAUGAUGCAGACAGAUCCUGUAUGUUUGUGAUAGUUGAAGCAUUGUACUCGAUGGAUGGUGAUUUUGCUCCAUUAGACGCAAUGGCGUCUCUCUGUGAUAAAUUGGGAGCGUUUUUAAUUGUCGAUGAAGCUCAUAGUACAGGUGUUUAUGGUCCUCAUGGCUCAGGUGUCGUACGUGAGCUUGGAUUAGACGUCAAGUACCCCGACGUUUUUGUGUGUCGUAUUCAUACUUUUGGCAAAGCUAUGGGCUGUCAUGGUGCCGUUGUAUGCGGAUCCCAAGUGCUUAUUGACUAUUUAGUCAAUUACGCACGAUCUUUCAUCUAUACCACAGCAAUGCCCUUCCACCAGCUUGUAUCUGUCAUCGGCUCGCAUGAGUUAUGUACGACUCCUAUUGCUGCCACAUUGCGUUGCUAUGUGAUUGAUCUGGUGCAUUACUUCAAGCAGACAAUACGCCGUACUCGAAACAUCCCAAGUGAUGCACUACUAGACAGUGAUUCUCCAAUACAAAGCGUUGUAUUUGUAGGCAACCACCGUGUACUCAAGGCUUCUCAACAAAUGAAUGCAAUGGGCAUUCGUGUGAUUCCUAUUCGUUCUCCAACUGUGCCAAAAGGUGCUGAGCGUUUUCGCAUUGUGAUACAUGCUCACAAUACUCGACAAGAAGUGGAUCGAUUAGUAAAUGCCCUCAGUAUCAUGUUUGACUCAUUUCGCAAUUCAAAAUUAUAG